CCAAAACAAAACAAAUCAUUUGACUGUUCAGAAAAUAAAUAAUAAAAAGAAUGUCUGAUGCUUAUGCAUACGCUGCCAAGGGCAAACUAAAACUCAAAUGCGAUUCGGAGCUCAAGAAAAAGAAGAAGAAGAAGCAUAAGAGCAAGGACAAAGAGAAAGAGGAAUUGCAACAAGCAUAUGUCGAGCAGCAAAUCAACGAAGCUGCUAAUGGAGCUGUACAAGCCUCAACAUCAAAUUCAAGUGGAUACCAACGUAAGCUGACCAAAGCAGAACUGGCGACCAAAAAGCAGCAGGAGAAGAUGCGAAACAAACGCAUAAUGGACAAGGCACAGACAACGCACAAGCAGCGCGUAGAGAAAUUCAAUGAGCAUCUGGAUACCCUGACCGAGCAUUUCGAUAUCCCCAAGGUCUCGUGGACGAAAUAAGCAAAUGCAUCUAUUUGCUUGCUUUGCUCUA